CAGUCAGUCGUUCUCAGACUCAAUCAACCCAGUUAUUCUCAAGCACACCACAAUGGCGCUCGAUCUUAUGAUUGUCUCCGCGGGCAGCCUAGCCCUAAAGCUUCUCCGAGUGACUCCUCAGAUCACCACCACCAUCCUCCUCAUGAAUCGCCUGGCCCAAUACUUCGCCCUCUCCACCUUCCUGCCCCCUCACACCUCGCCGAAAAAAAUCGACCACGUUGGCGCCGCCUUCCAGCACUGGCUGCAGACUGUCGUUCCCCGCGUCUGGACCGGGGUCAUUGGCAUUGUGCUCUUGACUCGGGUGGCCCUGAUCCUGAACCUCUUCGUACGCCCGGAUGACCUCGCCGGAAGCAACGCCCGCUUUCUUUAUGGGGUUGGACUUUUCCUUUCGUUUGCGCACUUGGCCGUGGCGCCGAAAAUGUUGAAGUUCGAGAAGCGCAUGAUGAGCCCCGAGACGGUACCACAGGUUGCCAUAGAGUUGCUGGCCGGCUGGAUGAAGGUCAAUAACAUACGGUUCUGGGUGGUGGAUGUGCCUUUCUGGGUGGUUGGGGUGUGGGCCACUAUUGAAAGUCUGAAUGCCUAGAUGAAAGAAUUGUGUUGAAGAUUGGUAUGUCUGGAGGGUUAUUCCUGAGGAAAGGCAAUGGAGGUGUACAGGUAGAAAGUGAAGUGCAGAGUGAUAGCAUCAGUCUACUACAAUUCUGGUUGCGAGUGGGGAUAGCAUGCAAAUUUGAGGUUGUAUGCUCGGAAACGGUGAUCUUUGGAUUCUAGCUAGGUGAAAAUUGUG